CAAUACCGUCAUAUAACAGAAAACUGUCAGUUUCGACACAAUAUCAAAUCUCGAAAGACUAUUCACUAGUUUUGGCAUCACGAAGGAUUCUACAGUGAUUUGCAAAAGUUUGCGAUGCGCUUUGGCAGUCGUGAUGCAUUUUGGUUGGUGCGUUUAACGGGCGCUAUUUUGUUUAUGACGAAAUUUAUUACUUGUUGUGAAAGCGGAACGUACUCCUCGAAAGUUUUGAAGGACUGUGUGCAUUGUCCCAAAGAACCUUUGUUAGGAUGUACUGAAUCAGAUGUCCAUCGGGAUGACAUAAGCUCAUGUUUGAAAAAUUGUUUAGCACGUAUCUGUAAGUACCUUUACCUGCUUGUGCUUGUGCUUGAACUAGACCUGUCGAGCAAGACCCCGUCAAGGAAGUUGUUAGCUGACUAACGUUUUACGAAUGAGCUUCGCUCGAAAGUCAAGUAUUCCAGGUAGAUUAGGUAGUUCAGACACAAUCCACGACGUUGAAUGAAUGUCGUGGAUUGUCGACGAACAGUCAUCUCCCAGUUUCCCAUAAUUUCGAGUAAUAUUCUGUCCUAUAUGUCACAAAUUAGUAUAUAAGCAUAAUCAUAUGCAUAAGCGGUGGCCAUAAGGGUUUGCAACAGGCAGAAUGAGUUAACGACAAAAUGGCCGGCCACCGCUUAUGACUUAUAUACUAAUUUGUGACAUAUAGGGCAGAAUAUUACUCGAAAUUAUGGGAAACAGGAAGAUCGGUUACCGCUCGUCGACCUUUUGAUCGAUCAAUAUAGCAGUCAGUCAUAAAGUUUCGUUGGCUUAUUCUUUCAGAUAAGGCGGCAUUUUUCAACUAUAUAACUACUGGGGCAUUUACCCUAGUAGGCCCUUUGUUUGCCCCAAUAGUGAAGCAAUAUUUUCAGAUGCACUGGGCCCUUUCGAUAAUUAGUAAAAAGUCAUCAUUGUUGAAAAAGCUGCAUGUGCCUGCUUUAAUUCUCAUGCAUGUCCUCUCACAUUCUCGAUAUUCCAUCUUAUACAAGUCAGCACAGCAUGCAUGUCUUUAUGUACGCGUAACUGUGUGGGGAAACUGAGGCCUUCAUUGAGCCCCAGUAGUUGUAAUUUCUUAAAAAAUAUACCCUGUAGGCCAAAUCAGAUCGGGUAUUGCAUGCGGCUAUCUCGUCAUUAAAACAAGUAUUGCGGUUAUUGUGAUUAUUGCGGAGGAGUAGUGUGGAGCAAUUACUAUAUGGCAUUAUAUCGGCGACAGCAGCAGUUAUUGCUUGGAGCAAGCAGGAACAUACCACUGACCUGAUGUGGGCGAUGCUUUCCGGCUUGCAGUUAUUGCAUCUGAUUUUCGGUUUUCAGAAAAUACAACAAUUAUUGGUGGUUGUCUAUCCUAAAUUUCCAAAAACCGUAUUUUAAUUUGCUCUAGUUUCAUAACAAUUUAUUCAAUUAUCACAAAAAAGGUACAAAGCAGUACCUAAUAAGGGGUUGUAAUGGGCAGUUUUCAACCCGGGCUGAAUUUCAACUCGGUUAACCUAGCUGAAAUAUUUUCACGUUUACAUAGCAAAAUUCAACCCAGGGUGAGUUAGAAUUUCAGUUCAAACCGGCGUAAAAUCUCAGCCCGGGCUGAAACGAUCAAAUCUCAAGAUGGAGCUAUUCCGUUUCUUCGAAGAAUUUAAAAUGUAAUUCAUGUCUAUUAUUUCAGUGACUUUUGCGAGACUGUGGUUGCAUUUAAAAAUAGAACAGACAGAAAUAAAACCAAAAAAAUUCUCCAUGUAAUCAGCCCCUAAGUAUAAAAAAAAAUAUUAAGACUAUUUACAGUGAACUGCACUAAAUCGUUGCCAUGGUAACAACCCAAAACAGCAACAUACAUGUAUAAACAGGUAUUUGCGGAAACAAUAUCUCCAGACGAAAAAGAGAUAUUAACUCGAAUUUAUAGAGACAUUAAAUUUUGUUUGGCUGAUUCUUAAAUCUUAAUCUAUAGACAGAAUAAAGACUGGUAAAAUAGACAGAAUUUUAUUUGACCAAAUAUUUAAGGUCACCAAACACUAAAAACCCAUUGUUUCUAUGUUAACUAAUGCGAAACCGCAAAUUAUAAUAUAUACUGUCUACUUAACCUACAGUAUCAAGUACCAUAUAAAGAUACAUAUCCUCAGUACAAAGAUGAGGGCAAAAUUUCAAAUCUUCUUCAUUUUAUAGACUUUCCACAAAGUUGAUCGACCAAAUCUCUUUUGUGGUUGCCAUUUUAAUAAAACACAAAACAAUAGACACUCCGAAAAUUGUAAUAAGAAUAAACAUGUUUACAAUUUUCGGAGUGUCUAUUGUUUUGUGUUUCAUUAAAAUCUCUUUUGUUUUGAGAAAAUUGAAUUUAAAGAUGAACUACUGUUUUGUAGCUAGCAAAUCUUGAACAUGUCAGCACACAAAUUGUAUAAAAAUGUUAUUAUGUUUUCAGUCAAGUAUGUAUAAUAAUAUAUACAUGUAUAUGUUCAAUCGAACUGCCUAUACCUUUCUCAAAAUUGACAUAAAUAAGAUAUCUACCUAAUUAACACAACCAAGUUUCAUUUUCGUAGCUUUUUUGCCGCUUCGUCGAUAUGUUGGCAUAACAAACUUUAUUCGAGCCCCCCCCCCCCCCCCUAAUUGGUACUUCUUUAUUAAAAUUUUAUUGAAGAUGAUAAAUAAGUGUAAUUUCCCGAGAUUGAUACAGUCAUAUUCAAGUUUUUGCUACAAAAUUUGAAUGACAGUUUAAUAAUAUACUAAAUAACUAACAUGACAAAUGGCUUACGAUAGUUGUUAGAAAUGUCUGCCAUUUGUGAUGUUAAUUUUGUAAAUGUGUGUGAUACCAAAAUCGUCUAUAAAUCUAUCUCAUGUCUUUUCUUUAGCUACCUCAAAACCAGCACAUAGCGAACUAGAACCAAACACAACAACAAAUCCUGAACAAAAGAAGACAACAAAACAACAAAAGAAUAGUCAUUGCAAAACUGAUGGAACAGAAUUCAAUAACCUUCUGAUAUUCGUUGGGUUUUUGGCAGGCUUGCUUGUUGGAAUUGUAAUUCCUCAUUUAAAGAAGUAGUAAUAUUAAGAUUAACCAUGCAACAUUAGCCUUAUAGCCUACCAGAUACUGUUUAUAGAUUUAUUGAUCGAUUUAAGAAAUUAUAGAAAACGAGUUGCGUUCGUUUAUAGUGUGACAAUGUAGUGGCAGCGGCGUAACUUGGGUCUCAAGAUUGGGGAGGGGGGGGGGGAGGCUGUGGACUCAUUUUGCCCGACAAAGGGCGUGGUCAAAAAUGCCACACCCACACUAAGUAUAGAUUUUAUAUAUUAUUCAUAAAUAAAAGUACUAUUUGCAAUAAAAUGAAACUGAAAUUUUGUCCCAGAUAAACGACAUUAUAAUUCAAACAUAACAACAAAUUUAGUUUAUAUGAUAGUUCGUAUAAAACCCUAAAAUUUUGAAUGAUAAGAUUUAUUCUGUAUGGCUAUUUACAGGUGCACCUAUUUCGGUUCCUUGCAUGUCAAGAAAGAACCGACUAAAGUGGAGUCGUGUCCGUGUGGGCGGCCUAACAUCUAACAUAAAUACGUACUGCAACAGUCAGUUCUGGUUAAUAGAUCAUGCAUAAUACAAAAUCUACCAGCAUUAUUCACAAAUUGUUUCUUUACAAAUCAGGAAAUUCACAAUCACAACACAAUAAAAUCUGCAUUGCUACACAGAAAGUCCAGUAUACCAACUAUGCAAAACAUACUCUUGCUAAUAAUGGUAUAGAAGUAUGGAAUAAUGUUUCUGAACAAUAUAAAAAACCAAGAUCUUAUGAUUCCUUCAAAAAAAAUAUCGAAAACUACUUCUCACAGCUAGAUUGAUAUACAACAUGUCAUAUUCCUAUAAUAAUAUACAAUAUCAAAAUUUUAUUGCAAAUAUACAUCCUAACUAUUUUUAGUAUAUUAUUAAUAUAUCCUUUGACUGUGUAAUAUUUUCUUAAAAAAAUUAUUCGAACUGGUUUCUAGUAGGCUCCUAGCCCACAUUUGUAAAUAAUAAAAAUAAGCACUAUAUUAUCUCAUGUAAUGUUUUGGGCGAACUUAAUUUUCUUGGGUUAAUUAUACGCGAACGCAUACAUCAAAUGUCCCUCGCAACGUAUUGUAUAUUGCAAUAUUAUUCCAACAGCUC